GAAAGAGAGAAGAAGAAGAAGGUCUGGAGAGAGAGAGAGAGAGAGUCUAUCGUAUGGCAGUUUCAUGAUCCGUUCCUUUGUUCAUUAAAGACACACACAAACACAGAGAGAGAGAGAGAGAGAAAAUACAUUUCUUCAGAAAACAAGAAGAAGAAGAGGAAAAACCGGGUUGUACCCGAAUACCCAUCUCUCUCUCCAUCCGGAUUCCAAAGUUGUUGUCGUUCUCUUGCCUCCCCUCUUCCCUUCUCUUCUUGUUCUUGGAUUUGGCAUCAAAGAGAGAGUGAGAGAUAACUAAACAGCAAACCAACAACCUCUCUCUCUCUCUCUCUCUCUUUCUUUCCCUGAAACAAGGCUACCUUGUUUCUGCCCUUGCUAGGAUUUGCAACACUUAGAUUAGAGAUUAGAUUCCCUAAUCUAUCUCCUCUGUUUUUAUAUAACAAAGUGGUCUCUCACAUUGACCUCUUUGUAUUCUCAUAUAAUUCGUCACCCAUAUAUAUAUUCAGUUUUAGUUUCUGAAUCAGAAGAGAUCUAUCCAUCUCUCUCUGUUGUAUGAAGCUGAAGAACAAUGGGUGAUGGUCGCCUCAAGAAAACCAAGCUUUCAUGGCCGAAAACAUUAGUCAAGAAAUGGCUUAACAUCAAGAGCAAAUUAGAAGACUUUCACGCUGACGACUUGUUCGACAGAGGAGGUGAAGGUGGAGAUAGGAGGAACAAUGUCAUUGAAAGAGAGGAAGCAUGCUCUGUCAACAAAAGCACCAAACCUGAAACGACUCCUCCAAGCAAAAGGCAUAGCGGAAGAGCCAGACGACGAAACAAACCCGAAUUCGAUCCAAACCCACCACUUCCACUUGAUAAUCAUCUUCUUAGGGUAUUUACUGCUACAUGGAAUGUCGCCGGAAAAUCUCCGCCGAGUAAUUUAAAUCUGGAGGAUUGGCUUCACACUUCUCCUCCUUCCGACAUUUACGUUCUUGGCUUCCAAGAGAUAGUUCCUUUGAACGCAGGCAACGUGUUAGGCACUGAGGACAACGGCCCCGCCAAGAAAUGGGUCUCUCUCAUCAGACGCACCUUAAACACUCUCCCCCUCGGUACCUGCCCUACUCCUUCCCCUGUUCCCCACCCUGUCGCCGAGCUCGACUCUGACUUCGAAGGUGCUGCUAACUCCUCCUCCCUCUACCAUCGCACCAGGAGCCUUAGGAUGGACACGUCUUCUGCUUCAUCCCUGCACCUUGACUGCCGUAGGUUCAGCGUCUGUGACCGUUUCAUGCCUGAUGACGAUUUCUACGACCAGAGCUUCAGGUAUUGCUCCUCUGACGACGACGACGACUACGAGCCAAAUUCUCCUUCUCAUCAUUAUCACUACUAUUCCCCUGUCUCGAGGACUGGAUCCUUUGUGGCAGACGACAGAGACAAGGGAAGAGACAAGUCUAAGUAUUGUUUAGUCGCCAGUAAGCAGAUGGUUGGGAUCUUCUUGACCGUUUGGGUCAAGAGUGAUCUAAGGGACAGUGUCAAGAACCUCAAAGUGUCUUGUGUUGGCAGAGGCUUGAUGGGUUAUCUUGGAAACAAGGGCUCGAUUUCGAUAAGCAUGUCCGUUCACCAGACGAGCUUCUGCUUUGUCUGCAGCCACUUGACAUCUGGCCAGAAAGAAGGCGACGAGCUGAGAAGAAACUCUGAUGUUUUGGAGAUUCUAAGGAAAACCAGAUUCCCUAGAGUGAACAACGCAGGCGACGACAAGUCUGAAGAACCCCAGACGAUUUUAGAACACGAUCGGGUAAUCUGGCUUGGAGACCUGAACUACCGUAUAGCUCUUUCUUACCGGUCUGCAAAAGCCCUUGUCGAGAUGAGAAAUUGGAGAGCCUUGCUUGAGAAAGACCAGCUACGGAUAGAACAACGAAAAGGUUGUGUAUUUGAAGGCUGGAAUGAAGGGACUAUCUAUUUUCCACCAACUUACAAAUACUCUAACAAUUCAGAUAUAUACGCGGGAGAUGAUCGGCUUCCCAAGGCCAAGAGACGGACUCCAGCAUGGUGUGAUCGCAUACUAUGGUACGGGAGUGGUCUUCAUCAGCUGUCAUAUGUUCGAGGGGAAUCAAGAUUCUCGGAUCACAGACCAGUCUACAGUUUGUUCUCUGUAGAGAUUGAGUCGGUAUGUAGAAACCAUAUAAAGAAAAGCUCCAGUUACACCAGCUCUAGGAUCGAAGUUGAGGAACUUCUUCCUCAGCCGUAUGGAUAUAACCCGUACUGAUUCAUCAUCAUCGGUCCUAAAUCUGGUUGAAGACAAAUCCCCGAAGGAGGUCUCAAUAUUUCUAAAGCCUGAACCAAAACAAAAAAUGUAGUCGGAGGUUUGUGGUGGACUUUGACAUGCAGAGAGUCAUGAAAAAAAAGGCAGAUCUUCUUGGUCAAGAUCUCUGUUUCUCGGGUUAGAACAGGACAAGAUUCGAGUGCAAAGGAAUAAGAGUAGUAAUAAGGUCUAUAGAUAUUCAGCAGAUCAAAUACAUAUAUAUAUAUCUUUAGGAUUAUAGAGAAUUGACCAGUUAUUAGCUUCUAUUCAGACCACUAGUUUCUUUCUUCUCUAGAUAGACGGACACACUAGUGUAGGAUUCGUCAAACUUGUGCAUAAUGAAUGAAUUAUAUAUGUGUAUGCUUGGGGAUGUAAAUUGUAAAAUGGAUUCUUUGUAAGGACCAAUGGGUUUAAGAUGAUUGGAAAGUGCAGAUUAGUUUA